AUGAGUUCCAAAAUGAAGAAAAGAGGUCCGGAAGAAGAUAAGAAUAUAAAUUUGGAGAAAAGAAUGGAGCGAUUGGAGAAAAUGUUAUUAGAACGCUUGCCGGUACAAGAAGAAGAUGGCGGCCAUCGUGCAAAAAAGCGGAAAAUAGGCAAAUAUGAUUCUGAUGAAUCAUUAGAUUCAGCAGAUUUUUAUGGUACAGAUGUUGAGGAGGAGGAAGAGGACAUGUUAGUGGACUGUUUAGGGGAAAAACCUGAGAGUGCCAAAAAUAAGGGUCUAAAUAUACAUUCCCAAAUUCAAACUAGAUGGGAAUAUAUUCUUAAGAAGGGUCUGUCUAAGGAGCAAAAAACAGAAUUAAUAAAUAAAUACCCAACUCCAGAGAAUUGUAACUCUCUUGUAGCUCCCAAAAUUAACCCCGAAAUUAGUAUUACUAUGAGCGAAGCCCUUAUGAAGACGGAUAACUAUUAUCUUAUCCACCACAAAAUUUGCUUGGAACAGGCCUGUGUGCUUUGGGAUUGGCUAUGACAACCUUAAUUAAAAACGGAAAUAAAGACCCAGAAGUUUUAAAAGACCUUUCAAAUGCAGGUAGACUAUUCGGAGAGGUUUUUCAUUCAAUGUCAAUGAGACGACGAAACUUAAUUAUGCCAAGCUUAGCAAAGGACGUAAAGGAAGUAAUAAAGGAAAACCCCAUAACUGAAUUGUUAUUUGGGGAAAAGAUAGAUGAACAAAUUAAGUCUUCGAUGGUAUUGAAGAAAACUGGUCGAGACAUAUUACAACCCAAAAAUUCUAUGGUUUCAAAAAACUUCAAAACCCCUACUCGUCCAAAAGGGGUGGGGGCGAAAGUAGGGUACAAGACCACUCAUUACAGGAGAUCUGCUCAGCAUCGAGGAACUCCUCAAAAAUCGAAGAGCAGAUAUGUAAGCAGGCAUUAG